AUGCUGUCGAGUAGUCACAUCAAUUACGCUUUAGCUGUAGUAACAGUGCAACUGAGUGGCCAGCAACAAAAUAUUGUUCAAAAUAUUGCACCAGCUGCAGGAGAUGUGGCUGAGUUAAUGAGACAUGCAAAAGCAAACGAUGGAAAUGAGUUUAAUGAGCAAGUCGUGGGCGAUAUCAAUGAACAAUGGGGGGCGGCACCAGAAGGAGAGUCGGAAAUGCGUUGGAAGGCCGCAACAGCAAGAAAUUUCGAGAUAGGAAAUUAUGCUGGCACGAAGAUGAAAACACGAAAAGUGAAAACAGAGUCUAUGCCCAAGGAAAUUAUUAAAAGCACAGAAGUGAAGCGGGAAGAGAAGGGAGAAAUUCCAAUUAAAAUUAAAAAAGUAAAUGAACAAAGUGCGACUGAUUACUUGGAUGAACGCGGCAAUAAAUGGCUAGCAGGGUCUCUGAAAAUUGGCAGGACUCCUAAAUAUGCGGAGGAAGAGCAAAACGAGUCACAUCUUUGCAAACAACACAAAGCUCCGCAUCAUUUACGCCGGCAGCAAACUGAAAAACGCUCGCUGCAUAACUCGCGGCAGCAUGAGCCCCAAAAAUAUCAGCAUACGCACCUGCAGCGGCAUAGAUACUCGCGACCGCAACAACAGCGUUAUGAAUACAACCUCCAACAACAACAAGACGGUGCCUCAAAAGCACCUAAACUCCUGCAGCAACUGGCACAAUAUCUUGGACAACCUGAUGAAAUGGAAAUGAAUAACACAAAGCGCGUUGCGAGUAGAUUUCCUGCUUCACAGCUUGCUGCGCUCGAUUGGCUCUAUCCCAAUGAUGAACCCAGUAAUGCCGAUAUGCCACUCUUGGAUUCUGGUAUUGUGAGCAAGCAAUGGAAUGAAAUCGUAGCCAAUUCAUGGACAACGAAUGAUGAAGGCAGUGUGGGCCUUGCGCCUCCAAGUAUGCAGCCCAAUAAUUACACCACCCAGGCUAUGGCAACGAUUCAACUCGCACAGCCAGCAGAACUAAUACAGGAAAUAGACAGCUCUGCGGCAAACCAACUGCAAAAGACACUGGCAGAGCAACAGGCAAAUCAGCAACAACGUCAACAUCAUCAUCACAAACAUGCGGAAUCACUAAAUAACCGGCUCAAGCAAAGAGCAGUGACAGCAACCACAGCAGCAUCCUCCGAACUUAACACCAGAUCGGUCACUGUGCUGCCCCUUGCGGCAUCCGGUGCCGAUGUACCGUUAAUACCCACGCACGCUACACAUAACUUCUACGCUGAUUCCCAUAGGAAGCAAAACUAUGUAACCGACCUGGAGUUGCAUGCAGCUCCGCGUUCGGGUCGCAAUCGUGGCCGUCACGUUACAUUGUCCACACCUCUACUGCCGCACAGCACAUUACACAAUACCUUCCUCAUGGGCGGGACAGGUGCCGGUGGAGGUGGUGGCAAAGUAUUUCGUUCGCUGCCCGAUACCGAAGAUUUCAAUUAUGAACAACAUCUUCACCGCAUGUUGGCAGCACAACCGCAAAGGCAUUGGCCAGUCAAACGUGAAGCUAUAGUCGAAGGCGAUGUGAUACUUGGCGGUCUAAUGAUGGUGCACUCACGCGAGGACACCAUUAUGUGCGGACCCAUAAUGCCCCAGGGUGGCAUACAGGCAUUGGAGGCAAUGCUUUAUACCAUAGAUCGUAUAAAUGAGGCAAGCUUGUUGCCGAAUAUAACCUUAGGCGCGCACAUUUUGGACGAUUGUGACAAGGACUCGUAUGGACUGGAGAUGGCGGUGGACUUUAUAAAAGGAUCCAUUAGCAACAUAGACGAUGCAGAAUAUCAUUGCAACAAAACGCAAGUGCGGAAAGUUAUAUCGGGGGUGGUGGGAGCUGCCUCAUCGGUCACGUCCAUACAAGUGGCGAAUUUGCUGCGUCUUUUUCGAAUACCACAGGUUUCGUUCUUCUCCACCAGUCCCGAGCUAAGCAACAAACAACGCUUCGAGUAUUUUUCACGCACCAUACCCUCAGACCACUAUCAAGUCAAGGCAAUGGUAGAGAUUGUGAAGCGCAUGGGCUGGAGUUAUGUCUCCAUCAUUUACGAGGAGAGCAACUAUGGCAUUAAGGCUUUCGAGGAGCUGGAAGAGCUAUUGGCACGACAUAACAUUUGCAUAGCUGUUAAGGAGAAACUUGUCAAGGACUCUGGUGUUGCUGAAGAGAUCGCCUAUGACAAUAUCGUUCAAAAGUUGCUAACAAAGCCACGUGCACGAGGCGCCAUUAUAUUCGGUUCAGAUCAGGAAGUGCGUGAGGUGAUGCGUGCUGUGCGGCGCAAUAAUGCGACUGGCGCUUUUUCAUGGAUCGGUUCGGAUGGUUGGAGUGCGCGCAAUCUGGUCUCUGACGGCAAUGAACCGGAGGUUGAGGGCACCUUGUCCGUGCAGCCGCAAGCAAAUCCUGUAAAAGGCUUCGAAGAAUACUUUCGCAACUUGACUGUGGAGAACAACCAACGCAAUCCGUGGUUUGUCGAAUUCUGGGAAGACCACUUCCAAUGUCGUUAUCCGGGUAGCUUAAGCACACCUUACAAUAACUACAAUCGCACAUGUACCACCAAGGAGCGAUUGUCGAAAGAUACGGACUUUGAGGACCAAUUGCAGUUUGUAAGCGAUGCAGUAAUGGCAUUUGCAUAUGCAUUACGUGAUAUGCAUCGUGAUCUAUGUGGCGGUCAACCUUCGCUUUGUGAUGCCAUGAAACCAACAAAAGGCGCUGAUUUACUUAAAUACUUGCGCAAAGUGCAAUUUCAGGGACUCAGCGGGGAUCAUUUUCGCUUCGACGCCAAUGGUGACGGUCCUGCACGCUACAACAUUAUUCAUUUCAAACAAUCGGCGGCGGGCUUAUACCAUUGGAUAAAAGUGGGUGAAUACUAUGAAGGCGAGCUGCGUCUGAAUAUGACAGAAGUCCAAUUUAAACUAUUGCAUCCAAAGCCACCUGAAUCUGUCUGCAGCUUACCCUGCGAGCGUGGUCAGGCCAAGAAGUAUGUGGAGGGUGAAAGCUGCUGUUGGCAUUGCUUCAAUUGUUCAACCUAUCAAAUACGGCACCCCAUCGAUGAAACUCAGUGCCUAACCUGCAAGUUGGGCACUUUGCCCGAUGCAACCAAAAAAUUCUGCCAAGCCAUACCAGAAGUUUACUUGCGACCCGAAUCCGCUUGGGCAAUCGGUGCGAUGGCAUUCAGUGCCACCGGCAUUUUGGUAACACUCUUUGUUGUUGGUGUUUUUGUGCGCCACAAUGAUACACCUAUCGUACGUGCCUCUGGCCGAGAACUCAGCUACAUUCUACUCGCUGGAAUAUUAAUGUGCUACGCCGUCACUUUUGCUUUGGUUCUAAAGCCAACAAAUAUAGUUUGCGCCAUACAACGCUUCAGCGUUGGCUUCUGCUUCACGGUCGUAUAUGCAGCACUGCUCACCAAAACUAAUCGCAUAGCUCGUAUCUUCAAAGCAGGCAAACAAUCAGCAAAACGACCAUCGUUUAUAAGUCCCAAGUCGCAGUUGGUUAUUUGUUCAUUCCUUAUCUUCAUACAAAUUCUCAUUAAUGGCGUUUGGAUGGUAAUUGCACCGUCGCAUGCAAUGUACCAUCAUCCGACACGCGAGGAUAAUAUGCUCGUUUGCGAUUCUUACAUCGAUGCUUCCUACAUGAUUGCAUUCUUCUAUCCCAUUCUUCUGAUUGUAGUUUGCACAGUUUAUGCGGUGCUGACGCGAAAAAUCCCUGAAGCAUUUAACGAAUCCAAGCAUAUCGGAUUCACUAUGUACACGACCUGCGUCAUCUGGCUGGCAUUUGUGCCACUUUAUUUCGGCACAGCCAAUCACGUGCCGUUGAGGAUAACUUCAAUGUCGGUGACGAUUAGCUUGUCGGCGAGUGUCACCGUUGCGUGUCUGUUCUCACCGAAGCUCUAUAUAAUACUCAUACGACCCGAACGCAACGUGCGACAGAGCAUGAUGCCGCCGCGCUAUGGCAACAUGCAUCGCACGGCUGGCACGGGCCCGUCUUCCAUGAUGGCUGCAGCUGUGGUGACAGCUGCCACCUGUGCGCAAGAAGAGAAGAUACAAAAGCAUAUCACACCAACGAAUACAGAGCAUAGCACUAAAUCGAAACAACUCUGCGAGAUGGCAACGCAGACCAUCACAAUAACGAACAUAUUCGCUAAUUUAGAUAGCAUCGCUUACAGUCAGAUCCCUUUUGCGGAUCAGUGUGUGCCAAAUAGCAAUAAUCAUCCACAACAGCAACAACAGUCUAUUCCCCAUCCGCUAGCCAGCGCAAGCGAAGCUGAGGUGGUGGCUAACAACAACAAAAUUAAUCAGCAGCAACAUGGCAACCCUUGUACGCUGCAUGGGACUUAUGUGACUGCAGUAGCUGAUACAGCAACAAUACCUGUGACAACGACGACCACAAAAACAUCACCACCGCCAUUGCAUGUGCUCAGCAACCAUGUAAUGCUGCAGCAACAUGUUGCGCAACACAAUUGCUGUGGCGACGAAAGCACCACUGACAGCAGCCAUAUGCUGUCAGACAGCGAGCACGGCAAACCACAGCCAGCCACCACAAAUGUAUAGCUAAGCGAGCAACAAA